AUGCUACAGGUACCAAUUCGGGAACAGUCCGGCCAGUCCUCCACCAAGGCUGUCAUCUUGGUCGGCGGCCCCUCGCGAGGCACUCGAUUCCGCCCAUUGUCACUUGAUGUUCCCAAGCCCCUGUUCGAAGUCGCCGGUCACCCUAUCAUCCACCACUGCUUGAAGGCGAUCGCCAAGGUUCCCGAUGUUCGCGAGGUUAUUUUGGUUGGAUACUAUGAUGAGUCGGUCUUCCGCGACUUCCUGAAGGACUCGUCCAAGGAGUUCCCCCAGUUCCGCAUGCAGUACUUGAGAGAGUACACCGCACUGGGCACUGCUGGUGGACUGUACCACUUCCGCGAUGCAAUCCUGAAGGGCAAGCCCGAGCGUCUGCUCGUCUUGAACGCCGACGUCUGCUGCUCGUUCCCUCUCACUGAAAUGUUGACUCUGUUCGAAGAGAAGGAUGCCGAGGCGGUCAUUCUGGGAACCCGGGUUAGCAACGAUGCCGCCAGCAACUUCGGUUGCAUCGUCUCGGAUUCGCACACCAAGCGAGUUCUUCACUACGUCGAGAAGCCCGAGUCGCACAUCUCCAAUCUGAUCAACUGCGGUGUCUACCUGUUCGCCACCGAGUGCAUUUUCCCCGCGAUCCGCAGCGCCAUCAAGCGUCGCACCACCCGCCCGCGACUCCUCUCCUACCCCUCGUCCGACAACCUCGAAUCGUCCUUUGUCGCCGCCGCCGGAGACGAUGAUGACACCGAGAAGAGCGAGGUCCUACGCCUUGAGCAGGACAUCCUCUCCGACCUCGCAGACAGCAACCGCUUCUUCGUCCACGAGACCAAGGACUUCUGGCGCCAGAUCAAGAGCGCCGGCUCCGCCGUCCCCGCCAACGCCCUCUACCUACAGAAGGCCUUCCAGGCACAAUCCGAGGAGCUCACCCCUCCAUCUGCCACCAUUUUGGGACCUAACGUGUCAAUUGGACCUCGUGCUGUCAUUGGCGCCGGUGCCCGUGUGAAGGACUCAAUUGUCCUGGAAGAUGUGGAGAUCCGUCACGAUGCCUGCGUGAUGCACUCGAUCAUUGGCUGGAACGGCCGGGUCGGGGCCUGGGCCCGCGUGGAGGGAACUCCCAUUCCUAUUGGCAGCCACUCUACCAGUAUUGUGAAGCAGGGCGUCAAGGUCCAAAGCAUUACUAUCCUGGGCAAGGAGUGUGGUGUCGGAGACGAGGUCCGCGUACAGAACUGCGUUUGCCUUCCUUACAAGGAGCUCAAGCGAGACGUUGCCAACGAGGUUAUCAUGUAA